CGCCCUUACCCCCGCUGUGCUUUCUGCUGGGCCCUGGCUGACUAGGCCGCACUUGUGGUAGCCAGGAUGGCGGUGGCUGUGCGGGCUCUACAGGAGCAGCUCGAGAAGGCCAAGGAAAGCCUCAAGCACGUCGAUGAGAAUAUCCGCAAACUCACGGGCCGGGACCCCAACGAUGUGCGGCCCGCUCAAGGUAGAUUAUUGACCAUCACAGGCCCUGGUGGAGGUAGGGGGCGAGGAAGUAUAUUGCUGAGGCGUGGAUUCUCGGAUAGCGGAGGAGGACCCCCAGCCAAACAGAGGGAUUUGGAAGGGGCGACCAAUAGGUUGGCUGGGGAACGUCGGACAAGGAGAGAAUCACGCCAUGAAAGCGACGCAGAGGAUGAUGAUGUUAAAAAACCAGCGUUGCAGUCUUCAGUUGUUGCUACCUCCAAAGAGCGAACACGUCGAGACCUUAUUCAAGAUCAGACUAUGGAUGAAAAGGGGAAACAAAGGAAUCGGCGUAUAUUUGGUCUGUUGAUGGGUACUCUUCAGAAGUUCAAACAAGAAUCAACAGUUGCUACUGAGAGGCAAAAAAGACGGCAAGAAAUUGAACAGAAACUUGAAGUCCAGGCAGAGGAAGAGAGAAAGCAAGUUGAAAAUGAGAGGCGAGAACUCUUUGAAGAAAGACGUGCUAAACAAACAGAGCUGCGGCUGUUAGAACAAAAAGUUGAACUUGCUCAGUUGCAAGAAGAAUGGAAUGAACAUAACGCCAAAAUAAUUAAAUACAUAAGAACAAAGACAAAGCCUCACCUGUUUUACACACCUGGCAGAAUGUGUCCUGCUACGCAGAAGAUGUUUGAUGAUUCUCAAAAAAAAUUAAACGCACUGUUUGAAAGUAGGCGCAUUGAAUUUGCUGAGCAAAUUAACAAAAUGGAGGCCAGGCCCAGACGACAAUCUAUGAAGGAAAAAGAACACCAGGAGGUGCAGAAAGAAGAAAAGAAGGAAGACCAGAACAAGGAGCAGGAAGAGGGUAAGGCGGUUCAGCAGGUGGAAGAGAUGGAGACAGGUAAUCAGAGCAAUAAUAUAGAAAUGGAAGAAGUAGGGGAGGAAAAGGAGGUAGGUGCUAGUCAUAGUGAUGGGGAGAUAGAACAGGAGGAGGAAGAACAGAAAGAGGAAAUGGAGGUUAAGGUAGAAGAGGGAGCAGAGGUUCAAGAGAACGACAGGCAGGAAAAUCAGGAGGAGGAAGUUGUGUUAGUGAAAGAAAGUGAAAGUAUUCUGCCAAUAGAUGGAGAACAGGAUGUGAUGGAAACUAAUGAGGCAGAUCAUGCAGAGCCACUAGGAAAUGAGAAUAGUAAAGAAGUGGAACCAGAAGUGGAGUGUAAUGCUCAGCCUGAGCAGGAAGGGCCCAUUGCUGCCCUGGAGAAAGAGGAAGCCAGCAAGCCAGAAGUUGAAGCUGAACCAGAGGAGGCAGAAGAGAAGGAGCCUGAAUCCACUCCAGUAUCGGAGGCUGAGGCCCAGCCUCAGUCAGAGCCUGUGCUUCGGCCACAGCCUCCACCACUGUUGGAAUCCACUCAAGACCAAGAGCCUCAGGUAGACAAAGAAGAAUCUGUAGUGCCUGAAAAGCUGCCUGAAAUUCAGGCAGACCAAGUCCAGGCAGUAGCUGUAGAAAUCAAGAACAAGAAUAGGAGUAGAAGCAGGGGAAGAGCAAGGAACAAAACCAGCAAGAGUCGAAGUCGGAGUACUAGUAGUAGCACUAGUAGUACUAGCUCCACAAGUAGUAGUAGUGGCAGCAGUUCUAGCAGUGGCACCAGUAGCAGUCGGAGUAGUUCCAGCAGCAGUAGCAGCACUAGUGGAACUACCAGUCGAGAGAGUAGUAGUAGUUCUAGUACUAGUGAGAGCAGAAGUCGAAGCAGAGGGCGUGGUGGGCCCAAUAGGGACAGAAAACGUAGAAGGAGUGUAGAUCGGAAGAGAAGGGAUAAUUCAGGAGUAGACAGGAGUCACAAGUCUUCAAAGGGUAGCAGCAGAGAUGCAAAAGGAUCAAAGGAUAAAAGUUCAAGGUCGGACAGAAAGAGGUCUAUAUCAGAAAGUAGUCGGUCAGGCAAAAGAACUUCACGGAGUGAAAGAGACCGUAAAUCAGACAGGAAAGACAAAAGGCGUUGACAGAAGAGACCAGGCUCCCUAGCCUAAUCUUUGCAGCGGAAGAUUACUUGAGUGAAAGGAUUCCAUGUGAGGAAGAAAAGGCUGCCUUAAUUGCAUGCUGUAUAAAAUCUUUUGGAAAAAUGCAGACUCUUUACCAGGCAAUUCUUGUGCUUUUUACAUGGUUUUGUAAAAGGUUACUUAUCAGAGUAUGUGAAGAUACAGAUGUGUACAAAUAAAAGAAUUGACAACCCCACCAUCUUUUUAAAUAUGCUCUACUUAAGAGUUUCUGUAUAUUUUAAUAGAUAAACCAUUACAUUUGUGUGAUUUCAAUUCUGUAUCAUAAGUCCUUUUUUGUAGAAAUAAAUGUGCAUUUUACAGAGGUUUGAGAGAGCUGUUGCCGCUUCAUCUUGCAUAGAAAUCUUUCUCGCUCUAAUGGCAUACUUCACGCAGAACAUUAUUCUAGUCAUUAAUUUCCCCCCUCUCAUUGCUAACAAACUAAAUUCCCAAUUCCUAUGAAGGGACACAGGCCUGUGCUUAAUUCAGGUAUAUAUAUUUUCCUGUGCUUUCACUUUACAAUGAUUCUAGCUUUUACUAAUGUCCCUUGAUGAGCUAACUGGCCAUAUAUCAGAGCAUAAUAGGGAUAUCAUGCCAAAUCUAAUUUGGAUAUCUAAAGUUUGUUUAGGAACUCCUGUAGAUAUUCCCAAGGCCUUGCCUUUCUCCUAGUGCUAGGGUAAUGCUUAGAACAUUUUUAAAGCUUGCAUUUCCAUUAAUUUCUGUGCUUUGCUAUAUAAUGGAGGAAGGCUAUAAGUAACCUUCAAGACUAGAUUAUUGUUGGCCACAGACGAACCCUUCAAAGGCCAAUAAAUUAAUCUUGGACUUACAUGUAUGUUGUGUUUUACCUGUUGAAUGGAGAAACUGCACUCAAACUUGGAAUUUCUGUAACAGCUAAUGCAAAUAGAUGGCAAUAUAGCUGGUGUAAAGAGGUGACUUACUGUUUUUCAACUUUCUAUAAAAUUACAGUGUAUUAAUUAGCCUGUUCUGUAAAGUCCAAAUAAAGGUAGCUUUAUAUACUAUUGGCUGUAUUCUGCAUUUACUAUAAAUAAAAAGUGUGACAUAUCUGUUAA